GACAACUAUUUGAAAAAAAUUCUUAUCACAUGGAAAUGGAGUAUUCAAAUGUACAUGCCUAUGUCAUAUGUUUAGCAGUGUUCUUCUUCUUCAGGACAUCACAUUGCUCCCAGAAGAAAGGCAUUGCUCUUAGCCCAAAGCUGUUUCUUUGUGAUGAUUUCCAAGCACUUAAUAAUGUUUCUUGGUGGUAUGACUGGCAGAUGAACUUCUAUCACUAUCACCAUUUUACAAACUGUACAGAUAUCGAUUCGCACAAGUAUAAUCACAUCCCUAUGGUUUGGGGCCAUAACUCACGUCACACAAUUGCAGUUCCUUCAGACACAUGGGCGAUUUUAGGUUUCAAUGAACCAAAUUUUCAUUCUCAGUCAAACCUAACCGCUGCGCAGGCAGUCACAUUUUGGAGGGAUAUUGAAAAACACUCGCAUGGUAAACCACUUGUUAGUCCCGCAGCAGCGCCUUGCUCCACCCACUCAAAAUGUUAUGGCAACUCAUUCGACUGGUUUGACGAUUUUUUCAAACUUUGUCAAGGUUGUCGUAUAGAUUACCUAGCAACACACGCUUACCAUUGCCAUGGCAACACAACAAUGGCGUAUUUACGUGACCUGAAUCAUCGGUACGGGAAAAAGAUCUGGCUAACAGAGUUUGCGUGCCCAAACUCACAUGACAUCCACAAGCAACUGAGAUACAUGCAAGAGCUUCUACCACAGCUAGAAGCUGCCGACUUUGUUUAUAGGUACUCCUGGUAUAAGGCUCGGAUAGUAACUUCUGGACAUAUAACAACUGCCGCCAGCCUUCUCCAUAGUCACUCAUCCAGUUUGACUACACUGGGCAGGUUCUACAACAGUUUCCAAGGCAACAACCAACCCUCUAUUGUUGGUUAACUUUUGUUGGUGCAAAUAUAGUCUUAUUAUUAGAAUGAAAGUUUGAAAUUGUUCAUAUUCAAUAAAGAAACACACAGUUUAAGCUGAAUA